CCGUCAUGUGGGGAUGAUAAAAAAAUACGUGCUUCGGGGGCGUAUCUAUUUACGAUUACCUAUCAAUUAAUUGACGGUAAAUACAUAUAAUUUGAACUAUGGUCUAAUGUAACAUACAAUAAUCUACUCGCAAAGGAUAUUGAAAUGGCUCACUCAAGUUUCAGCGCUGUGGACGAAUAUGGUUUCGAAAGACAUGAUGAUUUUGACUUUGAGAGCUAUGAAGAAUUCAUGUCCGUGUAUCUCAAAGUUUUGGCAUCAAGGGCACAAAAAUGGGCUGUUUUACUUGGAGAAGGAAAGUCUGUUAAACGCACCAACACUGUCAAGAGAUAUGUUCGUAAAGGUGUUCCCGGUGAACAUCGUCCAUCAGUAUGGAUGGCCAUAUCACAGGCAGAUAAGAUGAAAGAUCAAUGUCCUGACUUAUACCAGAAGAUCCUUGACAGUCCUUUUGAAAAAGAGCUUGUUGACCUCGUAAAAACAGACCUUCCUCGCACUUUCCCUGACAAUAUCUACUUUUCAAAGGAGGCCAACCAUCAAGCACAUCUGUUUAAUGUGUUAAUAGCCUAUGCUCACAAUAACAGAGCUGUUGGUUAUUGUCAGGGCCUAAAUUAUAUUGCUGGUUUACUCUUGCUAUCCACUAAGAGUGAAGAAACAUCAUUUUGGCUUCUUAAGGUAUUGGUGGAGAAAAAUCUCCCAGACUACUAUACAAAGACGAUGGACGGUCUUAUAGUAGAUAUAGAAGUGUUGUCUGAACUAGUCAAAUCCAAGGCACCUGAUGUACAUCAACAUGUAAUAAAUUUAGGUCUUCCCUGGGCUGUUAUAACAACAAAGUGGUUUGUUUGCCUCUUCGCCGAAGUCUUACCCAUAGAAACCGUAUUGAGAAUAUGGGACUGCCUUUUCUAUGAGGGCUCCAAGAUACUUUUCAGAGUUUGUCUGACAUUGAUCAAGAAUAACAGGGCAGCUAUAUUGGCUUGUAACGACUUUACUACUCUGGCAGAAUGUUUUAAGGCUAUUGUCAAAAAUGCAAGCGCACUGCAUUGUCAUGAAUUUAUGCAGUCAAUAUUUAAAGUACCUGGAACCCUAUCCAACUCUACAAUUCUGAAGCUAAGAGCCCGGUUCGCAAAGCAACGCAGAGAGCAACUGCAGAAGGAGCCACGGUGAAUCCAGUAAUUCAAUCCUAAGGAACUUUUGAUCUCAUCUUUUCAAAAGAUUUACCAAAUGACUACCAACUAAACCAUUUUUGACAAUACAAAAAUAUAAUUAUACUGUAACAAUCUUCCAAGCACAAAUUGAUUUGAACACGAUUUUUCGUUUGUUUCUCUAAUUUUGGUUACAUAGUGUGUUUCAUGUGCCUAAACUAUUAGAGUAACAAAAAUGUACUACUUCAUAUUAUUGCCAACCAUCAAAAUUGAAAACUGAAACUUCAUAAAAUGGAAACUUCCUUUAAAGUAAGAAAAUAAGCAUGUUUGAUUUAAUUAUUAAAUUUCAUAUUUUGAAGUAAUAACUAAAAACUAGAGAAAUAUUUAAGAUUAAAAUUUAAAAAAGUAAAAUUAAGUAUUUACUACUUGUACUUCUCCGACUAGUCCCCAAAAAUUUGCAGUAAUCGAUUUUAUUAAAUUGUAAAUAAAUUUUUAGGUACACAUGACAAAUAAGUUUUUGGUGAACAAUAAUUAUUUUAGGUGAUAAUUUAUUAUAUUGCAUAUAAUAUUAUAA